AUGUCUGUGUACGAACCUCAGUUCAACCACAACAUGUGGAAGUACAACCGACGUUACUCUCAGCCUAGCUGCUCCGGGGGAAAGUACUACUACUCCAGGAACAUUCCCCAUCCUAGGAUGGUCUGUCACCUACCAGGAUUAAACAACGCUCCGGUCUGUGUUGUAAGAAGCAGCUUUUCAAGAGAACACCUAUCUGCUGGCAACACAGUCGUCCCCGAGCAAAAAGCUGAUCAAGAACACGUGCUAACUGGGAAUGCCGCAAGCAACGCAUCUGCCAACUGCUACCUUCCAAAGCUCGAGGGUUUCAGGCGAAGGGAGCUAGGCACUUCACAGUCCGUGACACAAGGACGUGCAGGUAUUCCUGAAAGGAUUCAAAAUCACCUUACUUCAUCUGAAAAGCUUUUGAAAAAACGAUGCCAAGCCUCUGCACAACCUGCAAAUAGACAGGGAAUCCACGUCACGCCUCUCACCCAGGCCUCCUCUCCAUUCCUCAACUUGCGUAACGGUCCUCGCAUCCGGGAGAAUGGGAAUUCUGACGUGAGCUACCUGGAUCAGGACAUAAAGGUGCUGCAAAAACUCGGCAAAAUUUUGCAGACAGAUUCACUUUCCGAGAUCCAAAAAUGGUUCGCAAGGGCAAGUAAAAAAGAGAAAGACUACGUGUCCAGUCUGAUUUAUUCAGAAUCGGUGGCAAGCCGAAACAUGAAACAGGAAAACACUCUGCCUGUUGAUUUCCAGAAGGACGUGCAGGUAUUCCUGAAAGGAUUCAAAAUCACCUUACUUCAUCUGAAAAGACAGGGAAUCCACGUCACGCCUCUCACCCAGGCUUCCUCUCCAUUCGUCAACUUGCAUUACGGUCCUCGCAUCCGGGAGAAUGGGAAUUCUGACGUGAGCUACCUGGAUCAGGACAUAAAGGUGCUGGCAAAAACUCGGCAAAAUUUUGCAGACAGAUUCACUUUCCGAGAUCCAAAAAUGGUUCGCAAGGGCAAGUCUUCAGCUAAAGAAUCAGUGGCAAGCCGAAACAUGAAACAGGGCUAA